AUGAUCAAGCUUUCUUCAACCGAAAAGGAAAACCUAAGUGCACCAUGGAAAUACUCCCUUAUUGCCAAAGUCCUUGGCAGAAAGGUCGGGUUGCAAUACUGCCAAGCUCAUCUUCAUCGCCUUUGGUCUCUUGAGGGAACAGUGGACAUCAUUGACCUUGGCUAUGGAUUUUUCUUGCUAAAAUUUUCGCUCCCUACAGAUUAUAUCAAGGUGUUUAAAGGGGUUCCAUGGCUGAUCCACGGCUACUAUAUCUCUCUUCGUCCAUGGGUUCCUAACUUCAAGCCUUCAGAGGCCACCAUCACUCAUGCUAAGGUUUGGGUUCGCCUUCCUGAACUCCCCAUAGAAUAUUAUGACAAGGAGGUGCUGUUCCAGAUUGGAGCAGCUAUUGGCAGAACUAUCAAGAUUGACCCCAUUACUGAAAAACAAGCAAGAGGCAGAUUUGCGCGAAUCAGAAGAUUGAAUAUGAGGGUUAUGUUGAGCAACUGCAGCAGGAUUAUUCUCCAUGCCCGCCCCUGA